GCUAUUCCUGCUGGUGCCGAGAAGAAGAAGGGGAUCAUGUCUCGACUCUUCGGUGGCAAGAAGCCGGCCUCGAUCGAGAUCCCACCCGGUACCAGCAUGCUGGGGCAGGAUCUUUCCAAGCGGAACGAUGCCUGGUACGAGGAAAACCUCUCGCACCUGGGCAAG